GGGCCGCUGCUGUACCCCGAGCCUCUGCGAGGAGCUGCUCUCUUUUCCCCCUAGCCAGGCUUUGUUCCCAGCAGCUCUUCCUCGGAUUGUCUAAUUAACUCCCUCCGCUCCACAGAGGGCUGGAGGCUGGCAUGCGCUGCCCGCCCGAAAGAUGCUGACUCUAGAGUGGGAGUCGGAAGGACUGCAAACAGUGGGUAUUGUUGUGAUUAUAUGUGCAUCUCUGAAGCUGCUUCAUUUGCUGGGACUGAUUGAUUUUUCGGAAGAUAGCGUGGAAGAUGAACUGGAGAUGGCCACCGUCAGGCACCGGCCUGAGGCUCUUGAACUUCUGGAAGCCCAGAGCAAAUUUACCAAGAAGGAGCUGCAGAUACUUUACAGAGGAUUUAAGAAUGAAUGCCCCAGUGGCGUGGUUAAUGAAGAAACCUUCAAAGAGAUUUACUCGCAGUUCUUUCCACAGGGAGACUCGACAACAUAUGCACAUUUUCUGUUCAAUGCAUUUGAUACAGACCACAAUGGAGCUGUGAGUUUUGAGGAUUUUAUCAAGGGUCUUUCCAUUUUGCUCCGGGGAACGGUACAAGAAAAACUCAACUGGGCAUUUAAUUUGUAUGACAUAAAUAAAGACGGCUACAUCACUAAAGAGGAAAUGCUUGACAUAAUGAAAGCGAUAUACGACAUGAUGGGUAAAUGCACGUAUCCUGUCCUCAAAGAAGAUGCGCCCAGACAACACGUCGAAACAUUUUUCCAGAAAAUGGACAAAAAUAAAGAUGGAGUCGUUACCAUAGAUGAAUUCAUUGAAAGUUGCCAAAAAGAUGAAAACAUAAUGCGCUCCAUGCAGCUCUUCGAAAAUGUGAUUUAACUUGUCAGCUAGAUUCUCAAUCAGACAGAGAGGUGUGAACUAUUCUACUGCACUUACAGUUGGAGCUGCCCUUGUAGCAUAGACUGCUCAGCUUACACUGAGGCAUAUCAUGCAAACAAGCUUUGUUUUAAUAUAAAGCAACCCCCAAAAGAUUUGAGUUUUCUGGUUAAAAAUUUGCAUCCUUUUCAUAACGCCACUGAGUUCUUGGGAUGUUCUAAACCAUUUCAUACCCUGUGAAUAUUCAAAAGUAACAGAACCUGGCAUAUAGUUUUAUGGAUUCUCUAGCCACGGGACUAUUGAGGCUUUCAUGUUAAGAGUGAUUUGAAAAUAUCAGUGUUUUGCUACUCAUCUGUAAGUAUUCAGCCCCGGGCGUUUCAAUGGUUUUUUACAAUAUUGGCAUCUGCACUUAAUUUCAAGAAAUUAGUUUCCACGCUUGUAUGCUAUAAUUUCAUUUACAUAAACAAGAUUACUACAAUUAGAAAACAAACCCACACCCAGUCCCAGUUUUGAUGGAUCUGCUGCCUUCUGUCACAGACAUCCAUUUAGCUGGCAUUUUUCAAUGACACUAAAUUAGCUUACUGCCAGCUGUCAGCAUAUGCACCAUAAAGUUUAUUUAAUGAGCAUUUAAUUUUUCACAAUAUACAUUACAGGCCUGCACAAUGUAUAUAAUUUUGGAUUUGUUUAAUCCUAUAGGCUGAGGCUUCUAUUGUUAUUAAAUGAAAGUCUAAAAGGUACGAAUCAAAGCAAGGAAGUUUCCAGGACAUCUGUCAGAGCAGAGUAAUGCUGAAAAACAAGUCACUCUUAGCAGCAUUAAAGGCCUAGUCUGUCCUCUGCCCUCCUCACAGCACGUUUGUCACGUGCCAUCAGGAACAAAGCAACCUGACUAACCCCAUGCCUACUAGGAAUGACCAGCAAGCAGAAUUCACUUUGAAAGCACCAGUAAUUCCAUCGUGUUGAAAACUACAAUGCCAAAAGAUCAUGGAAAAUGAAUACAAGUGCUAAACAGCCCUUCUGGACUACAUUAUGAUUUAGCGCAUCAUAAAAUUCCUAUAAUUCCAUUUCUUUUGAAAGAUUUUAAGUCAAAAUUGCAAGUCGCCACAUGACUGAAGACAUACACACCUUCCCUGUUUUGCUGAAAUAUCACCAAGAGGCUUCAGUAGGAGGAAAUUUGUAACUGUCUUUGCAACAAUAAAUCAGGUAUCUAUUCUGGUGUAGAGAUAGGAUGAUGAAAGCUGCCCUGCUAGCACCAGUGUAGAAAUUAAGAGUAGUACAAUACAUGUACACUGAAAUCUGCCAUCGCGUGUUUGUGUAAACUCAACGUGCACAUUUUGUAUUUCAAAAAAAAAAAAAAGCGAAUAAAAUGUUUAUA